UUCGCGCCACCAUUCGAUCGUCGUCGCUGCAUCAACAUGGCAGGUUCCGUCGACAACUACCUGGAGCGCAUCUUGACGGCCCGUGUAUACGACGUUGCCGUCGAGACGUCCCUGGAUGCCAUGCCGAGUCUGUCGGCGCGGACGGGUAACACCGUCCUGCUGAAACGAGAAGACACACAGCCCGUGUUCAGUUUCAAGUUGCGUGGCGCGUACAACUGCAUGGUGCAGCUGACGGAGGAACAGCGCGCGAAGGGAGUUGUUGCUGCGUCGGCGGGGAACCAUGCACAGGGAGUUGCCCUUGCCGCGAAGAAAUUGGGGUGUGUUGCGACCAUCGUGAUGCCUGUCACGACACCCCAGAUCAAAAUCAGCGCCGUCGAGCGCAACGGAGGCAUUGUCGUCUUGCACGGAGACUCCUACUCGGAUGCAUACGCCCAUUCGAUGUCGAUCGUGGCGACCACAGGCGGCACGUUUGUGCAUCCGUACGACGACCCGGACGUGAUCGCGGGGCAAGGCACGAUUGGGAUGGAGCUGCUCCGACAGCGCCACGACCUGGACGCGGUCUUCGUGCCCAUUGGCGGUGGUGGACUGGCGGCGGGCGUUGCGGCAUAUGUCAAACGCCUACGGCCACAUGUAAAAGUGAUCGGUGUCGAGCCCGUGGACGCCGCGACGAUGCAUGACUCGAUCGCCGCGGGAAUGCGCAUUGAGUUGCCGACAGUGGGUUUAUUUGCGGAUGGCGUGGCGGUCAAGCAAGUGGGGGAAGAAACGUUCCGGUUGUGUCGCCACCUGCUCGACGAAGUCAUCUUGGUCGACACGGACGCGAUGUGCGCCGCCAUCAAGGACGUGUUCGAGGCGACCCGCAGCAUCCUGGAAGCGGCUGGUGCGCUGUCGCUGGCAGGGCUCAAAGCGUGGGUCGCGCGAGAAGGCGCGACCGGGAAGAAGCUCGUGGCGAUUGCGAGUGGGGCCAACAUGAACUUUGACAGACUGCGGCACGUGUCGGAACGUGCCGAACUCGGGGAAGCCCGCGAGGCGAUCUUGGCCGUGACCAUUCCAGAAGUGCCCGGGAGCCUCAAGCGGUUUUGCCACGACUUUCUCGAGCACCGCGCGAUUACCGAGUUCAACUACAGGUACAGCGACGCGACGAGAGCGCACAUUUUCGUGGGGUUGCAAACCACAAGCCGCAGCGAAGUGCAUGGCCUUGUGGACACACUCAACGCCGCCUCGUUUGCCACCAUCGACUUGACCGACAAUGAGCUCGCCAAGGAGCACGUGCGACACAUGGUUGGCGGCCCCGCGCCGCGCUCGGCCACGUCGGUCCGCGAGAAGCUGUACCGAUUUGUCUUUCCCGAACGCCCGGGGGCCCUCGCCUACUUUCUCGACAGCAUGGGCGACCACAACUGGAACAUUAGUUUAUUCCACUACCGCAACCACGGCGCCGACUACGGCCGGGUCCUUGUCGGGAUGCAAGUUGCGCCGGCAGACGACGACGCGUUCGACGAGUUCCUCGACGGCGUCGGCUACGACUGGUUCGACGAGCAAGACAAUCCAGUGUACAAGCUGUUUUUGGACUCGCGCCAUGAAACACUGUAAUCGUUUUCAACCUCUAUUCCUCGAGUAGUUUGUGUCAGAGUUUGAGCGACGCAAACACGCCGCGGUCCAUCGCGACAAGGGCGUGCGGCGUGUCAAAGGCGGCGACGGACCCGUCGUGGAGCACGAGGAUGCGAUCGCUGUCGAGGAUCGUGUCGAGG